AUGAAGUGGCGGAGGAUGGAGGCAUUAGCUCCAUUGGCAAUGGUGCUAGGAGCACAAGCAGCAACACCUUUCAUGGGCUUGUCGACGCUGAGGUCUCAUGCAAGGCCAGCUUUGGCGCUGGGCCCAAAUGAGCGAAGGCUAGGCGAUGAUGCCAAUGGGCUAGAGGAUGCCUUGCUGGGCCAUGCUGGUAAGCGCGCGGGUAAGUCUGUCGGCAACAGUGGUAUUUGUCAACAAGGGAAAAAAGAUGGUGGACCAGGCCUAGUCGAUGGCCAUGGCGUUGUGACUGAGUUGGAUUUUGGGCAGUUAUCGGGCAUCAGAAAGCAACAAGCAGAUGUUCUUCAAAUGGGCACCCACUCUGGCAAGGACAUGAUGAAGGCUGCUACAUAA